AUGGGAAGUGAUCAAGUCAGUGACGCCACUAUCGCAGAUUUAUACACGAUUCGCUCUCCAGACUACUCACUCAUUAAGCAUUUCAAUCUGUUUCCCAACACGUUCCUCAAGGUAGUGUACGAGGCGAUACUCGUCUCUCAUGUUCACUCGACUCCAACUUUAAUAAUUCACUACUUUGACAUUAACACAAUGUGCAAAGUGCUGAAUAGUGCAGACACUCUAAAACUUCAGACAUUUUUCGCGCGACACAAUCUUGACCAACUAAUGAAAUUGCUUCCCUUACGAAGACUUGUGCACUAUGAAUCUGCGAAUAUAUCUUUACUCAUCUUUUCAAACCGAGACAGGAAAGACUAUCAAUGA